UCAGUGUAGCGUCGACCCAUCACUCAUGCAGAGCGUGUAGGCGAGGUCAUGAGGUGACAGCGACCUGAGGGUUUGUGGAUGAUGCAGAUAUCAUGCAUACUAACGUUUGUACGUCAACCAUGGACAAAAUGUUCUGAGCGCACAAGUCAAAUUGACUUUUGCAGUAGCGUUCCUUCAGGAUACCAGAUCUCACAGCAACUCGAUACAAGGUAUCUCCACACAAGGUGUGACCUCUGAGGCCAUCAGUUCAUGUUCAACAAUGCUGCUGAACAUAUUUAUCAUCCUUGUGAGUAUUUCACCUGUCCUGUCUGAGAGGGACCUGUACCAUCUGGACAACUCAAAUGGUCUUGGGAGGAUAUUUGAUGGUAUUGGAGGAAUCAGCGGCGGGGGAGCAACAUCUAAACUAUUAGUUAAUUACCCAGAGAAACAAAGAAAUGAAAUCCUCGACUAUGUAUUCAAACCCAAUUUUGGAGCGUCACUGCACAUUCUGAAGGUUGAGAUUGGUGGAGACACACAAAGUACAGAUGGGUCUGAAUCAACUCACAUGCGAACACCUGAUGAGGAAAAUUAUCAGAGAGGUUAUGAAUGGUGGCUGAUGCAAGAAGCGAAGAAGAGGAACCCGAACAUCAAGCUAUACGGCCUGCCCUGGGGUUGGCCUGGCUGGGUGGGAGGGGACACGGGGAACGUGUACGACAACCCUGAACAGACAGCCAUGUACAUUGUCAAGUGGAUCAUUGGAGCAAGAACACACUAUAACCUCACCAUUGACUAUGUUGGGAUUUGGAAUGAGAGUCCAUACAACACAACCUACAUUAAGACGCUAAGAAAGAUGCUGGACACACACGGAUGCAGCUUCACCAAGAUCGUGGCAGCGGACUUCUUCCACUGGGACAACAUUGCUGGUGAUGUCCUGGCCGACCCGGUCCUGGCUGAUUCUAUAUACGCUAUUGGGGUUCACUAUCCUGAAGAAAACAGCUCAUUGUAUGCCGUUGAUACUGGGAAACAGUUGUGGGCUUCUGAAGAUCAUGCUGUCAAGUCAAACAUGCGAUGGAACAGAAAUUACGUGAAUGGAUAUAUGACCGGAACCGUGAUAUGGGCGAUUCUCAGUGCGUGGUAUCCGGGACUUCCUUGGAUAGGCUCAGGUCUUCUAAAUGCUGAACAGCCGUGGUCGGGGUACUAUGAAAUCCCCCAGUAUAUCUGGCUUGCAGCCCACACUGCUCAGUUCACUGAACCAGGCUGGCAGUACUUAAGACACGGUGUUGGGGUGGACAGGUUGGCCGGAGGGGGGACGUUCGUGUCCCUUGUCAGCCCCGAUGGGAAGGACUUCACUAUCAUCCUGGAGACUGUGCAACAAAACUACACAGGACCAGAAUCCGUUGUUCAGCCUCAAAAUGUCACCCUGCAAUUGAAAGGAACAUUGAGCAGAGUGACCAGCUUCAACGUGUGGUUUUCUCAACUGACUGACCCGACUGGAGCAACCGCUCUGUUUGAGUCGAGACCCCCAAUACAGGUUGUUGACGGAGUAAUAAAUCUCGACCUCCUACCAGAUCAAGUGUACACGUUCACCACCUUGACCACAGGUCACAAAGGGUCAUUUCAGGAUGCUCCUCCUCCACCGAAAGAUUUUCCGUUGCCCUACACUGAUGAUUUUGAAAGUUAUGAAGAAUUCGAGGAACCCUUCAUGAUAGCCCAGCAGACCGGAAGCUACGAGGUGGUCAGUGGUCAAAGUGACCAUGGCAAGGUCAUCCGGCAGAUGACCAUACAACAUCCGGUCAAGUGGGUGUGGUGUCAUGCAGAGGAUUUAGGGUUGUCAGCCGCUGUAUUUGGAAACUAUCACUGGAGCGACAUUUACAUCGAAGCUGACAUAGGCAUAGAUCAGGGCGCGUCGAGUUCGACAGCAAACGGAGCGUUCCUUGCAGCCAGGAUCAGUGUCGGGGGAUGUAAUUUGCCAGACAGUCUUGGUGUCUUCUUCUUUAUCAACCCUGCAGAAGAAACAUAUCAAGUGACUACAAACCUUGAGAGGAAUCAGACACUCAUCAAUGGUAGAACGAAUACUUUCAGUGGCACAAAGUGGAACAAUGUUGGCUUACUUGUAAAGGGUUCCAUGGUGAUCGGGACAUUAAAUGGGUAUCAACUUUUCAACGUAUCCUCCGUACCUGAAACUGUGGAGAUUGGCUUUGCUGGCCUCGGGACUGGGUCGUACGGAUAUGCUGACUACGACAACUUGAAAGUUUUACCUCCAAAUGAUGGAUUAGGGAUAAUCGAACGGCUAAGAUAUAAGAAAUCUGGUAUUAAUUAAUACUGUCGUUACUUUAUGUUACUCUUGAAAGCAGGAUCACCUGUACCUGUUACCCAAACUGUUAUAAAUAAAAAAGUGAUGUAUA